AUGUUUAGCUGGCUGGGAGGUGAUGGUGCCAAGAAGAAGAACAAGGAGGUGCUAGAAUCCGUCUCGGAAGGCCUGCGCAAAAUCUACAAGCAGAAGCUGCUGCCACUCGAGGAGCACUACAAGUUCAAUGAGUUCCACUCGCCCUUCCUCGAUGAUCCGGAUUUCGAUGCGAAGCCAAUGAUCCUGCUGGUCGGCCAGUAUUCUACGGGCAAAACGACGUUCAUUCGCUAUCUGCUGGAGCAAGAUUUCCCGGGCAUUCGGAUUGGACCAGAGCCCACAACCGAUCGCUUCAUUGCGGUGAUGAAUGGGAAGGAAGAGGGCGUAAUUCCUGGCAAUGCGCUUGUCGUUGAUGCCAAGAAGCAAUUCCGUGCACUCAGCGGUUUCGGCAACGCUUUCUUGAACCGUUUCCAAUGUUCAACGCUGCAAAAUCAAGUUUUGGAAUCGGUGACCAUCGUGGAUACGCCUGGUAUUUUGAGCGGAGAGAAACAAAGGAUUGACCGUGGAUAUGACUUCACUGGCGUCUUGGAAUGGUUUGCCGAACGUGUUGACCGAAUCAUCCUCCUUUUCGACGCCCACAAACUUGACAUCUCUGACGAAUUCAAGCGGUGCAUUGAGGCCCUUGCAGGCAACGAAGACAAGAUUCGCAUUGUCUUGAACAAGUCUGAUAUGGUUGAUCACCAGCAGCUGAUGCGCGUCUACGGUGCCCUGAUGUGGUCGUUGGGCAAGGUGUUCAAGACGCCAGAAGUUUCCCGUGUCUACAUCGGCACCUUCUGGGAUCACCCCCUUCAUUAUGACAUCAACAGGCGUCUAUUCCAAGAUGAACAGCACGACCUGUUUGCUGAUCUCCAGGCCCUGCCAAGAAACGCUGCCCUCCGCAAGCUAAAUGACUUGAUCAAGCGUGCGCGUUUGGCAAAGGUUCACGCAUACAUCAUCAACGAGCUCCGCAAGCAGAUGCCCUCGAUGAUCGGCAAGGACAAGAAAAAGAAGGAACUGAUUCAGGGCCUCGACAAGAUCUAUGAGCAGCUUCAGCGUGAACACAACAUUUCUCCCGGCGAUUUCCCGGACAUUCAGAAGAUGCGCGAGCGUCUGGAGAAGCAAGAUUUUAGCAAGUUCAACCCACUGAAGCCGAAGUUGAUCGAAGUCGUCGAUGGCAUGCUGGCACAUGACAUCGCACGGUUGAUGGCACAAAUCCCCAAGGAGGAAGCUGCGGCGAUUACAGCAGGCGGUCCAUCCGAUCCGACUGUGCGCGGCGGCGCCUUCUCUCAAGCUGUCGAGGCAGAGACGCCGUUCGGUUUUGGACGGGGUGAAGGCUUUGACAAGGGCGCUGACGAGAAGGAAUGGGUCGUGAACAAGGAGCGAACGCAGUUCGACAACACCUUCGACAGCCUUGGGCCUGAGAACGGCUAUCUCUCUGGCCGCAUCGCCAAAGAACAUAUGGUCAAAUCGAAGUUGCCGAACUCUGUGCUCGGCAAGGUCUGGAAGCUGUCGGACAUUGACGGUGACGGACGUCUCGACGCUGACGAGUUUGCGCUCGCCAACUACUUGAUUAAUUUGAAGUUGGAAGGUCACGAGCUGCCCUCGGAACUGCCCAAGCACCUCAUCCCUCCUUCAAAGCGCGAGCUGCUGAAUGGUGGCGCUGAAGACAACGUGUACCCCGCGCUAGAGGAU